UUCACCCCUUUUGAGUGCUUGGUUUUUUUUUUCUUCUGAAAAACAACGAGUAGUCGCAAUGGAGAACAGGAGCUGCAAGGUGGGACUCCUCCAGAGCUUGCCUAAUGCUGACACGAGACUGAGGUUGUUUAAAGCCGACAUUUACAAUCCUGAUGAGUUCGAGCAGGCCAUUCAAGGGUGUGAGUUUGUUUUCCAUGUUGCCACCCCCUUGCAACACAUUGAGGACUCUCAGUACAAGAACACAGCAGAAGCUGCAGUGGCUGGGGCAAAGAGCAUUGCAGUGUCUUGCAUCAAUUCAGCAACUGUGAGGCGAGUAAUCUACACUGCUUCCGUGGUGGCUGCAGCCCCAUUAAAAGAUGACGAGACUGGUUUCAAGGACUCCAUGGAUGAAUCUUGUUGGACCCCUCUUAAUCUUCCAUUCUCUCAUGGUAAUUCUCAUCUAAAGGCAAGUUUUUCCUUAACUCUAAUGCUCAAUAAAAUAUUACUUGAAAUCCAAACAGUUGAGAGAGAAUAUUAAUUUGUCCUGAUUACAGGACUACGCGCAUUCAAAGACAGUGGCUGAAAAAGAAAUUUUGAGCCAUGGGGAGAAUAAGACCGGCGGAUUGGAGGUAGUUUCACUGGCUUAUGGACUUGUGGGAGGGGAGACUCUUCUACCUUACACACCAGAAAGCGUAGAUUUGUUUAUAUCUCAGCUUACCGACCAUGAAAACCGGUAUCAAGCCCUAAAGUUCCUAGAGGAGUUGCUCGGAAAAGUCCCAAUCAUACACAUAGACGAUGUCUGUGAAGCCCAUAUCUUCUGUAUCGAGAAACCUUCCAUCAAUGGCAGAUUCUUAUGUGCAAGCUCAUCUAUUUCUUCGGCAAAAAUUACUAACUACUAAGGUGAUAGUCUCUUUUUGUAAAUUUAAAUUAUAUGAA